AUGGCAGCCAUUGGGUGUGCUGACUUACACCUCCUGGACAUGUUGACGCCUACUGAAAGGAAAAGGCAGGGAUACAUCCACGAACUGAUCGUAACAGAAGAGAACUAUGUAAAUGACCUGCAGUUAGUCACAGAGAUCUUCCAGAAACCACUGAUGGAGUCUGAGCUGCUAACAGAAAAAGAGGUCGCUAUGAUUUUUGUUAAUUGGAAGGAGUUGAUUAUGUGCAAUAUCAAACUACUGAAAGCACUGCGUGUUCGUAAAAAGAUGUCUGGGGAGAGGAUGCCAGUGAAAAUGAUUGGCGACAUACUGACCGCACAGCUACCACACAUGCAACCUUACAUCCGGUUCUGUAGCUGCCAGCUCAAUGGGGCAGCAUUAAUCCAGCAGAAAACAGAUGAAGUCCCAGAGUUCAAGGAGUUUGUUAAAAGGUUAGCAAUGGAUCCUCGCUGUAAAGGAAUGCCGCUGUCAAGUUUUCUGCUAAAGCCUAUGCAAAGGGUAACAAGAUACCCGCUAAUAAUUAAAAAUCAACUCGUCUUUAAUUCUGUUACAAACUGCUUGGGACCACGCAAGUUUCUGCACAGUGGAAAACUCUACAAAGCCAAGAGCAACAAGGAACUGUAUGGUUUUCUGUUCAAUGAUUUCCUCCUGCUGACUCAGAUCAUAAAGCCUCUUGGUUCCUCUGGUACAGACAAGGUCUUCAGCCCCAAGUCUAAUCUGCAGUAUAAAAUGUAUAAAACUCCCAUUUUUCUAAAUGAGGUACUAGUAAAAUUACCCACAGACCCUUCUGGAGAUGAGCCCAUCUUCCAUAUCUCCCACAUUGAUAGAGUCUACACGCUUCGUGCAGAAAGCAUAAAUGAAAGGACUGCCUGGGUUCAGAAAAUUAAAGCUGCUUCUGAACUUUACAUAGAGACUGAGAAGAAGAAGAGGGAAAAGGCCUACUUAGUUCGCUCCCAAAGGGCAACAGGCAUUGGAAGGUUGAUGGUGAACAUUGUGGAAGGCAUUGAACUAAAACCUUGCAGGUCACAUGGAAAGAGUAACCCAUACUGUGAGGUGACAAUGGGCUCUCAGUGUCACAUCACCAAGACUAUGCAGGACACUCUCAACCCUAAAUGGAACUCUAACUGCCAAUUCUUUAUCAAAGAUCUGGAGCAGGAUGUACUCUGCAUAACCGUGUUUGAGAGGGAUCAGUUCUCCCCAGACGACUUUUUGGGCCGAACUGAAAUCCGUGUGGCGGACAUUAAGAAGGAUCAGGGCUCAAAGGGACCAGUUACAAAGUGUCUCCUCCUGCACGAAGUCCCAACAGGAGAGAUCGUAGUCCGACUAGAUCUGCAAUUGUUCGAUGAACCUUAG